AUGAGGUGGGGCAAUGGAGGAUAUGGAAGGCUUGGACAUAGAGAGCAAAAAGAUGAGUUUACCCCUCGUCGUGUUGAUGUUUUCACAAAGCAUAAUACUUUACCACCCACUACCGUUAUUUCAGCUGGUUCUGUAAGCUCUGCUUGUACUGUUGGGCAGAUGUACAUCUGGGGUAAAAUAAAGCUUACUGGUGAUAACUGGAUGUACCCUAAACCACUCAUAGAUCUCAUUGGUUGGAACAUAUGUUGCAUGGAUUCAGGGAAUAUGCAUUAUUUUGUUGGUGAUGAUACCUUACAUGUUGUGCCUUUGAAGGGAUAUGAUUCUCAUCACAUCACUGAAGAACAUCUAGGUAGCAAAAUAAUAUCACGUUUUGUUCUUCUUUGUGCCUUUGAAGGGAUACCUUACUUGUUGUGUGCACUUGGGGAUGGAUAUCUUUUGAACUUUUUACUCAACACAAGCAUAGGGAAAUUAACAGACAGGAAAAAGAUGUCACUUGGGAAAAAAUUAAGAAUGUUGAAGCUGGCUGCAAGAGAUGUUGGAGCCCUUAGAGAACCUAAGGACAAACUGGAAAAGUGA